AUGGUGCGCGUAGAUCUCGACCACCGGCAGCGUCAUCAAAACCACCACCACCACCACCACCACCACCACCAGGACCAAAAUAAGCCUGCAGCCGCCCAGUCGCUGCGCGGGACGUCAUGGUCAAGCUUCGACAAAGUUGAACAGUCAUCCUCGUCACCGUCACCUUCGCCAUCCCCCCUCGCCUCAGCCUCAGCCCCGGGCUCGGUCUCAGCCUCCCGGACCACCGGACUGGAGGAGGACUCGCUGACGGCGGCGGCAGCCAGGACUCGCUCGCCGGAUGCCUCGGCCCUGCAGAAGCUGAAUCUCCAGGAGCUCACUCCCAAGGCACGCAGUCGACGGCAGUCCAAGUCCAACCUGGCCAGCCCACGGGACCUACAGCACCACCAAAACAGCCAAUGUAACACCACGCCGAAGAAGCGUCCUGCUUCCGAGCGAGACGCUGAUGAAGAUGGAAAUGGUGACGGCAAGCCGGACGGACAACGUGGGUUGCCGUCUUCGAAGCGGUGCUCUCACUCGCACCCUCACACGGUCGAAAGAGGCGGUGUCUUUUUCCAGACCAGGCCUGCCACUGCUGAUGACGGGUUCAUGGACCAAGCUAUAGACGACGACCUGGACGAUGAUGAUGACGACGACGGAAUUGAUGAACAGGCAGGAGAAGAUGAAGACGCCAGUGGUCAUGAUAAGUCCCUACCACAUAGCAUUCCCUGCUCUCCAGACCUCUUCCUGCAGCCAGAGACCAGGAAGAUUGCUGAAGACCAGCUUAUUGUCGAGGUGCAGGGCAUCUACUCUGGGCUCGUCGUCGUCGAGAAGAAGUGUGUUGAGAUUGACAUGCAGCAGCUCAAUAGCAGGACGGAAUUGAAUAAUGACCAGUGGAAGGCCCUGAUAGCCAUCCAUAGGACCCUGCUACAUGAACACCAUGACUUCUUCCUGGCUUCCCAGCACCCUUCUGCCACGGAGAGACUGCGGAAGCUGGCUACAGAGUAUGGGAUGCCUGCUCGGAUGUGGAGGCAUGGGGUGCACUCCUUUUUAGAGCUACUGAGGCACAGACUACCCGGUUCCCUGGAACAUAUGAUAUCCUUUAUCUAUACUGCCUAUUCUAUGAUGACUCUCUUGCUCGAGAGUGUGCCUACUUUUGCAAACAUCUGGAUAGAGUGCCUUGGCGAUCUGGCCAGGUAUCAGAUGGCAGUGGAAGAGGUUGAUCUACAAAACCGCGAGAACUGGGCUGAGGUAGCUAGGUACUGGUAUCGACUGGCAGCAGAUAAGGGGCCUAAUAUUGGCCGGAUUCAGCACCACUCUGCUGUUCUGGCUAGACCAUAUAUCCUGGCCCAGCUGUUCUACUAUACCAAGUCCCUGGUCUGUGUUGAGCCCUUUGCCAGCUCGAAGGAAAGUAUCUUGCUGCUAUUCAACCCGCUGCUGGAAGAAGAACAGCAGCCACAACCGCAGCCACAGCAGCAGCAGCAGCAGCAGCAGCAGCAGCAAAAGCUACACAAGCAUGUCCGCCCCAAGCAGCAAACUCGUCACCCGCUAACACUGGCCUCUUUCGUUAAGGCACAUGGCAUCAUAUUCAAGAAGGAGUCAGUCCACUCCUACUUCGAGCACACACUGCAGUUCUUCUCCUGCCUGCCUCAACAUGUAGGCCGGAUGGGAGAUAACUUCCGCGGACAAGGCGUCCAUAUCUCCUGCUCCAACUUUGCUAUGCUCUUUAUCAAUGACAACGCCCUGGUACCAGAAAUGGGUAAGACGCUGACGGGUCUAUAUAACACAGCUAUAGCAACACCAGCUGAGUGCAGAAUCCCCUCUGCAAGAGCCUACUGGAGUACCUGCACCCAAUCAGAGCCCCUUAUCUCUCUGGUUAACACUAUUCCUACAUCAUCUAGCACGAGAUUCAGUUCCUCCCUUAGCCCUCUCCACUAUACCAUCUACCAGUCUAUGCAUACGUUCUCCCUCCUGCUCCGCCAAAUAGGUGAUAAAAACGUCCUCCCAGCAAUUCACGUCUCUCUCGCCUUUCUAUUUACCCUCUCCCUUGCCCCAGAGGCAAUGCUUGUUUUUGAACCCCUUAUCCCCUUCCGCGACCUAGUUACUUUCCUUAAUACCCUUAACCGCCACCGUGUAAGCGAGUCCAAGAUUGCUAGUGAUGAGUUCCCGCUCCCUGAGUCCAGGGAUGUGGGCGUUAAGUACUAUCUUCCUGAAGACUUUGACCUACGCGGCCUAACCUGGACAAGACUCUACUUCCCUGACGGACACUUUGUUAAUACAGAGCUGCCGGAGGACGAAGAGCGGAUGUUGGAGCUUGCUCAUACUGCGUUUGUCAGGGCCGAGAGGUGUCUGUGGCUCGGAUGCAGGCUUGCUUCCAUGGAUCGGUGGUUUACGUAUGACUCCUCCCAGCGACGGUUCAAGAUAAAGGAUCUUGUCCCGCAGCUUGAACGGUACUCGGAGCGAGUCCCUUUCUUUAGGAAGGCUGCUGAGGUGCUUUCCGAGGCAACCGCAUGA